AUUGGCUUUCACACUUGCUGGGUGUUUGAGGCAAUAAGAGCAGUUUCCAUCUGUAGUACAAGUUUGAAACUGUAAAACCCGGGUUGCUUUAUGCACAUAGCUUCCCUGAGAGUUCAGUGUUUCCUGCUUCCCACCUGUCACUGUAGCAGGUCUGUCUGUUUAUCGUAGUUCGUUAUACAAUACCAGGUACCAUGAAAAUCCUUGUAGCUUUUGCUGUGAUUCUCCUGGUUUCAGCACAAAUCUUUGCAGCGGAAGUGGGUUUCAAUGAUGAUAUUGACUGGCCAUAUAGUGACCAAAUGCAGGAUGAAUUGCAAGGACCAAUGUUUGAAAACUUUUUACAAAGAAUUGCUAGGAAACCUAGGCCUGAUCAGUUCUAUGGCCUAAUGGGAAAACGUAAUGGAUUUGGUCAAAUUUCUCGCAAAAGAUUUGGUCAGAUAUCUCGCAGACGGUAUAAACCUGAUUCCUUUUAUGGACUCAUGGGCAAAAGAUCUUUAUAUUCUGGGUCUUCAGAACGGAACUCACUACAUAAUUAUGAAAGAAGACGCAAAUGAGAGCUCCCCUGUGCAAUUUGUUAACCUUCAUUAAUUUAAACUGAAUUUGAAGUGUAAUAUAUAACAUCCAGUAAAAUACUUAUUUAUUUUAAGAUUUAUUGUUUUAGCUUCUAUAUUCAAUAAAGUUAUUAUUUUUAAUAGUGUGGCAAUGAUACUUGUUACCUAAAUGUGCUGUGAUUCUACAAUACGAGUCUCCAUAAAAAAAAAAAAAAAAAAAAAGGUUGAAUACAACUAAGCACAUCCAAUGAUUCACAUAAAUAUGAAAAAAAACCUUGUUCUUUGAUUAGGAUAUUCUGAAAAGUUCUGGAGUGUAUCUUUUUUUCAUACUCAUAGCAGAAAUCGAUCAACCUGCAGUUAAUUGAUGCAAUUUGUUUUCAUGUUAUAAAGCCUUGUAUUUUUGUUAUAAAAAUUUAACUAGAAUCAUUGUAGCAUGUUUUUUUUAUGUGAAUCCAAAGUCUUCAUUUCACAAUCUAGAUUUUUCUGAGAGUGGCACUUUGAAUAAAAAAAAAAUAUUAAAUUUUGCAACA